CGCCGCUACUGCGGCGUCCGGGGCUGGCGUCCCCCAGUGGAGGCGGAACAGAGGGUCUUGCGGAUGGCCCCUCUACCUGGGGCAGAGCUGAUCCAGAAGCCACGACAGCUCUACCGAUACUUGCUGCGUUGUUGCCGGCAGCUGCCAACCAAGGGCAUCCAAGAGCAUUACAAACAUGCUGUCAGGCAGAGUUUUCGAGUUCAUUCAGAUGAAGACAACCCUGAGAGAAUCCAGCAGAUUAUUAAAAGAGCCAUUGAAGAUGCUGACUGGAUCAUGAACAAAUAUAAAAAACAAAACUGAGACUCCAGAGCCCAAAGUGAAGCUGUCCUAGAGACAUUUAAAAUCCAGAGGUCUCUCUUCUCCUGGAGCCAGUCAGCAGCAGCAGUUUUGGAAUAUUCUUUGGCCCUGUUGGCUGAGAGAACAAGAAAUCAGGAGGAAAAAGCUAACAUCCGCUCAGACAGCUCUUCUCUCCACGGUCAUGUUUCCAGCAUCCUUUAUGUUUGCUCUUCCAGCCAGUCACGAUGUGAAAUUUGGGGAGAAUUUGGUGUUUUUUUGUUUCUUUUGUGUGUUUUUCAUUUUUGUUUUUUUAUUAUUUUACUUUGCGCUGAAAGUGAUUCAUUUAUUCUGGAGGUCUCUCUACCAUUCCCUGAGCCCCACGUCAGAUCUCCCCACAGUUGGCCGCUUGCACAGAGGAAAGCGAGUAGGCUUGAGAAGCCGACAGAUCUGGAUCUGAAGCCCAGCUCAGCAGCUUUUCUGGUGACUCGCCUUUAAGAUUGGUUUCCUACUUGAGGAGGAUUAAAUAAGAUGGAGUUGAAGUGCCUAAUGUAGGAUAUGGUACCUGCCAAUAAAUGUCCCUCUGAGGAAGCUGUUCUGCGCGGCCCCUUCCCUUCCCAUAGUGCUCUGCACAUCUCUGUUGUAGCACCCACUGCGUCACGUCUUAGUGAUUUGUUCGUGAGCUUGUCCUGUCCCAGCUUGGAGCCUCAGAGCCCCCAUGGGUGACUCAUGCUCAGCAGUCUACCAAGAUACUGCUCUUCAUGUCCCCUGUCCCUCCAUGCCCAGGGACAAAGAGGCCCUGGUCCUUGCCUUCAAGGAAUUUAGUUUCUUCAAAGUGGCAAAGUGUACACUACCUGAGACCAGCAAGAACACCAAAGCAGCUGUGGCAGACGCCAGGCCAGCAGGCCGCUUGAACCUGCAGUCUGUCUUCACUGGCCCUUCCCUGCCUUGCCAUAUCACGGAGGGAAGGGAGGGCAGGGGAGAAGGGGAGUAGGUCCAGGGGGAAGUGGCCAAGGUGGGUGGAGCUAUCACAAAAUGUAGAGAAACCACAAAAGGAUUUGAAUUUUCCCCAGGCACUCAGCCAGGGGGAUGAGCUAGCAUGUGUUCAUGUUCUUGCAAUUAUGUAACUUAAAGUGACAUCUAUAUGUACACAACUGACUGACA